AUGGUAACCUGCGUACCAGCCUCCGAGCAAAUCGGCUGUGCCAAAGGAGAUUCCCAAGUUUGUUGUCCUGAAGAUACCGGAGGCGCCGAGGCUGUGCGGGUUACAGACUGUGGGAGCCCUGAAGACAGUGGACCCCAGAAUGAGCCACGCUACUGCAAUUCAGAGGACUCUGGGCAGCUGAUGGCCUCCUAUGAGGGUAAAGCUAGAGGCUACCAGGUGCCUCCUUUUGGCUGGCGGAUCUGCUUGGCUCACGAGUUUGCAGAGAAAAGGAAACCCUUUAAUGCUAACAACAUCUCUCUAAGCAACCUGAUAAAGCAUUUCGGUAUGGGCUUGAGGUACUUCAAGUGGUGGUACCGGAAGACCCAGGUGGAAAAGAAGACCCCUUUCAUCGACAUGUUCAAUUGUGUACCCCUGAGACAGAUCUACGGUUGUCCCUUGGGUGGCAUUGGAGGAGGCACUAUCACCCGGGGCUGGAGAGGCCAAUUCUGUCGUUGGCAGCUUAAUCCUGGAAUGUACCAGCACCAGACAGUCAUUGCAGACCAAUUUACAGUGUGCUUGCGGCGGGACGGGCGGACUGUGUAUCAGCAAGUUUUGUCCCUGGAGCGUCCAAGUGUCUUGCACAGCUGGAACUGGGGCCUGUGUGGUUACUUUGCUUUCUACCACGCCCUCUAUCCCCGAGCCUGGACAGUCUAUCAGCUUCCUGGCCAGAGUGUCACCCUCACCUGCCGCCAGAUCACACCUAUUUUGCCCCAUGACUACCAGGACAGCAGCCUCCCUGUAGGAGUCUUUGUGUGGGAUGUAGAAAAUGAAGGAGAUGAAACUCUGGAUGUAUCCAUCAUGUUCUCCAUGCGGAAUGGACUAGGAGGUGAAGAUGAUGCCCCAGGAGGGUUGUGGAAUGAACCCUUCUGUCUGGAACAGGAUGGGACGACUGUCCAGGGGCUCCUCCUGCAUCAUCCAACCCCUCCAAAUCCCUACACCAUGGCUGUGGCUGCACGAUGCAGGGCAGAUACCACGGUAACCUACAUCACAGCCUUUGACCCUGACGGCACUGGGCAGCAGGUGUGGCAGGACCUACUUCAAGAUGGACAGCUGGACUCCCCCACUGGUCAAAGCACCCGAACACAGAAAGGAGAGGGUAUUGCUGGGGCUGUCUGUAUUUCCAGUAAGCUGCCACCACGAGGCCGCUGCUGCUUGGAGUUUUCACUGGCUUGGGAUAUGCCUAGGAUCAUGUUUGGAGCUAAGGGCCAAGUCCACUACAGGCGGUAUACACGGUUCUUUGGCUCAGGGGGUGAUGUGGCUCCUGCCCUUAGCCACUAUGCACUGUGCCAAUAUGCAGACUGGGAGACCAGAAUCUCGGCAUGGCAGAGCCCAGUACUGGAUGACAGAUCCUUGCCUGCCUGGUACAAAUCUGCUCUGUUCAAUGAAUUAUACUUCCUGGCUGAUGGAGGCACAGUAUGGCUGGAAGUUCCUGAAGACUCUCUGCCAGAGGAGCUGGGAGGGAGCAUGUAUCAGCUCUGCCCCAUUCUGCAGGACUAUGGGCGAUUUGGCUAUCUUGAGGGCCAGGAGUAUCGCAUGUACAAUACAUACGAUGUCCACUUUUAUGCUUCUUUUGCCCUCGUCAUGCUGUGGCCCAAACUUGAGCUCAGUCUACAAUAUGAUAUGGCUCUGGCAACUUUGAAGGAGGACCUGACACGGCGACGGUACCUGAUGAGUGGAGUAAUGGCACCUGUGAAAAGGAGGAAUGUUAUCCCUCAUGAUAUAGGGGACCCAGAUGACGAGCCAUGGCUCCGGGUCAAUGCGUAUUUGAUUCAUGAUACUGCUGACUGGAAGGACCUAAACCUGAAGUUUGUGCUCCAAGUUUAUCGGGACUAUUACCUGACGGGUGAUCAAGGCUUCCUGAAGGACAUGUGGCCUGUGUGUCUGGCAGUGAUGGAGUCUGAAAUGAAGUUUGAUAAGGACCAAGAUGGACUCAUUGAGAACAGCGGCUACCCAGACCAGACCUAUGAUGGAUGGGUCACCACAGGCCCCAGUGCUUACUGUGGAGGGCUGUGGCUGGCAGCUGUGGCGGUGAUGGUUCAGAUGGCUGUUGUGUGUGAGGCCCAGGACGUCCAGGAUAAGUUUUCUUCCAUUCUCUGCCGAGGCCGAGAAGCUUACGAGAGACUGCUCUGGAAUGGCCGCUAUUACAACUAUGAUAGCAGCUCCCAGCCUCAGUCCCGCAUCAUCAUGUCUGACCAAUGUGCUGGGCAGUGGUUCCUGAGGGCCUGUGGCCUGGGAGAAGGAGACACUGAGGUAUUUCCUACCCUACAUGUGAUCCGUGCUCUCCAAACCAUCUUCGAGCUCAAUGUCCAGGCCUUUGCAGGAGGAGCCAUGGGGGCUGUGAAUGGGAUGCAGCCUCAUGGGGUCCCUGACAGAUCCAGUGUGCAGUCUGAUGAAGUUUGGGUGGGUGUGGUCUAUGCGCUGGCAGCCACCAUGAUCCAAGAGGGCCUGACUUGGGAAGGUUUCAGGACAGCUGAAGGCUGUUACCGCACCGUGUGGGAACGCCUGGGCCUGGCCUUCCAGACCCCAGAGGCAUACUGCCAGCAGCGAGUAUUCCGCUCACUGGCCUACAUGCGGCCCCUGAGCAUCUGGGCCAUGCAGCUGGCCCUGCAACAGCAGCAGCAUAAAAAGGGCAGCAGGCCAGUAGUCACACAGGGCACAGAACUAAGCACAGAGCCAGAACGUGGACCAAAGAAAUCUUGGCAAGCCUAAAUCCAGAGUGAGCCCUCUGAACUAAGGAGGCCCAGCCUCUGCACUGGUCUUUGCCCCUUCCUCCCGCAACUACUGCAGCCUGAGCCAACAGGACAAUCAUGCCUCUCCCUUCUUCCUCCCUGACUGUGCCAGUAAAAAGGGGCUGACCAACUACUUAUUUAUUUCUUACACUACCCGUUCCUUCUGUGGAUGAAAUACUCAAGGCCAGUAAAUUUCUCCAAGUCUUUUCAUGGGACAACAGAUACACAUGGGUAUAAAUAAAAGACCCAUAAAAAUAAGUAAGUGUGGUGCAUUCAAGUUCCCAAGCAUGCUAACAGGGCACAGGAACAGAGGCCAGCUCUUCCCCUACUCUUAUCCAUCUGAGUACAGACAGGGUCACAUCUAACCUGAAUACCUGCCCUGUAAGGUAACAGAAGAAGGGCAGUGGGCAGGCAGCCAUCCCCCAUUUUUUGAAAGAUUUGCUUGCAGGGGAAGGUUGGGACUCGAGAAGGGGAUCUCUGAGGAAAGAUUAAGGAGUGGCCAGUGCAGGGGCGGCUGUGCUUGAGGCAUGUGGUAUAGUAGGCAGGAAAAGUUGGAGGCCAGGAGCGUAUGUUCUGAGCUGUCCAGAAACUGGUUUGUGCUGUCCUUUGGUAACUCUGACUGCAGGGCAGGCAGCUUCUGCUGCUGCUGGUCCUCACUGGGGAGGGCACGAAGCUGGCGGUGCAACACUGAAGAGACAAAGACUGAUCAGGAGACAACACAGAAGAUGCCCUCAACCCCAGCCCAUGCCUUAAGGUGUCCUCUUACCGACAUACUCAGCUGGCACACUCCCUCUUGUGUUAGAGGAGUACAUAGCAGGCACCAGAAGAAGGCAGAAAGAAAACAGCAGAACCUAGAACACAGGAAAAAGGAGAUGAAGAGCUCUGGGUCACACGUCCUGUCUCUGCCAAGGAAAAGAUCUCUUGUCCCAUCCUCACCAGGACACAUGUGCUGCCACUGCUAGUUUUGUUUGCUAUCUCAGUCACCAUGGCCUGAAGUUUCCUCAGUUGACCUAGAAGGGACCUAAGAGAAGAGAGCAAACAAUGGUGAGCAGGCCCUGACCUGGCACCCUAAGUCACAUGAAGUCCUCCUGUUGAAGCCACCCUCUCCACUGGUACAGUGGAUCCCAGCUCUUAACUUCCCUUGCCAUUUUUCCUCCACAUGACUUCUUCUUUGUGCACAAAUACCUGUAGUUCCUUAUUGAAACAAAAAUAAAAACUCUCUGCCCUGACUUAACCAAAUAA